CCCAACAUCAUCAUCGACAAGAGCACUACAUAGAGACAAUCUGCCCGAGAAUGAGCUCGGAACUCCACACAAUCUUCCCGCCUCGACAGAUGGCGGGACCCUCCCGCUCGCACGGCGGUCAACGGAGCAACGUCUCGCUCUUGACAGAAGGUGCCGGGUACAUCAAGCGGGCGAAAAGGGGGAAACAGGACGAGGUGGAAAAGAUCGUCUUUGAUGAUGACAAGCGAAAGGAGUUCUUGACAGGGUUUAGAAAGCGAAAACAGGCCAAGAUUGAAGAGCGACGUCAACGUGCCAAGAAGCGGGACCAUGAUGAGCACUUGGCCGAGCGAAACGAGGCCCGAAGAGAUCUCAAACGAAGAGCCGAAGAGAACGUUCGUCAAGUCAGGAUGGCCAUGGGUCUCCCCGCCGAUCCGGAAGGAGACGGAGACGACGGGACGGUGUAUAAAGGGUCUUCGGGUCGAUUCGGGCGGGGCAAAAAGGCCGGAGGUGAAGACGACGAGGAGAUGGAGGACGAUAGUGGGGACGACGACGAUGACGACGAGGAUAGUGAGGAAGAGGACGCCGAGGAGUACGAAGGCGACGAUCAGAUGGCGGUAGUUACCAUUCAGGACGACUUCGAGGACGAACUCAUGGGACUCAAGAAGAAGACGAAGAAGGCAUCAGAGACCGCGCCGGAACCCAUCCCCUUCCUUCCCCCCUCGUCGAGAAAACAGACCAAGAAACGUCUAGCCCAAUCCAAACUCCCUCAGGCGAAGAAGCUCAUCAGCACCCUCGCCCCGCCUGAAGAAAAGACCAAUAUCAAACAGAUCUCUAGCGACUAUCGGAGCUUUGAGACCAAGGCGGAGAGGAGAAAGAUGCGGGAGAUGGAAAAGGCCAGGAGGAAGGAAAAGUGGGAUAUCGCCAAGGAGCGGAGAGGUGGGAGUGGUGGCGGGAGGGGUGGCAGUUCGGCUAGGGGCGGGAGGGGUGGUUCGAGAGGUGGAGCGGGAGGAGGACGGGGCGGGGCCAAGUCAGCUAGGGGAAAGGGAGGGAAGAAAGGAUCCAAAAAGGCUCAGUGGGGAGCUAUUUGAAGGACGGUUUCGCGAAGGGAUCUUUGGCUUAUGGCUUCUGUAUAAGAUGUUGUAUGACAGGAUUGUUGUAGCCAGAUGAUAUGUAGACCAUUAUUUGGAUGCUGACGACCGCGUGACUGGCCAUCUAGGUGAGAACCGUGACACUGCAUCAUAGACGCAUUUCCAGCUAGAUCUAUGAAACAGCGAUGCCGAUUGAUCGUCUGUGCGAA